AUGCUUGGGGAAGCGCUUGGGGAAGCGCUUGGGGUAGAGAUGCCCGAAGAAGAUAUCAAGCUCGAAGAUGGUGCAGGGGUUGAAGUGGAAAUCAACGCCGCUGAUGAUGACGAAACUGCUGAUGAGAGGGAGGACACCGUUGAAGAUGAUUGCGAAAAUGAUAAGCUCGCCGACCCCACAGGUGUCGAAGAAAUGGCGGAACUCGAGGAGACCAUAGAGCUUGAAGAGGAGUUCGGCGUUGGGUUUGAUUACGCAUGA